GCGGCCGCAAGUUCUUCAAAGUUAUCCUAUUUCUAUAGGCUAGUAACUAACACUUAAAGGGUUGGGAGCCCUUUGUUUGAUGUGUUUGAGAGAGGCUUGGUUAUGGAUUCCUGGAUGGGUCCCUGUCGCUAUAUCAAGUGGUAUACACUAUUUCGAAAUUCUCCCAACCACUGAACUUAUCUACUGCUGGAUCUGUCACCAUAUCCUCUGAUGGCGAUGGCAAGUCGACCUAUAUUAUGCGAAGUGAAAAUCCGGCGAUUGCGGCCAUCUUCUACAAUCAGAUGAACACUAUGGAUUAUGAUUUCAUUAAAGAGAAAUAUGUGAACCGGAAGUUGAUAUACAAAGAUGGCCCCUUCAAGACCACAAUUGUGACUACAAAGUCUGGCAGAGUUCGUGUUUUUAAGGCGUCUUGCAAUCCCGCGGAUGACCAUCUCACCUUGACCUAUACACUGCAUGGAUUUUGGGAUCUCAGCAUGUCCACUUACAACAAGGCCACAGCACAGAAUGUUGCCAAGUGGCUUCUUUGCUACCCGGAUCCUGCUCAAACUCUUCCCUUGAGAGGGCUGUGAUGUUUCUGAUGUUUUUCUUCCUUCAGAACCUAGAGAGGUAAAUGAUGAUUUUCUAGCAGGCUCAGAGAAUCCAUACUAGAAUUAAUCUGUAAUGGUGGUAUCAUAUUGUGGGAUUAAAUUGGCACUGCAGAACGCUCGGAGUCAGUUCAAUUUAAAUCAAAGUUGCAGGGAUUUUUUUAGCCGCACGCUCCCAUGGUAGGAUUUUGAGCUGUUUGUUUCUGUUGCUAUCUUAGUAGUUGGCUUAGCUUGUUUCCCCAUAACCAAGUCAACGGUACAGAAGCUUUGGAUAUUAUUAUCUUUGUAUUUAGUGCUGAGCGUUUUCUGGCGACUAUUGGCAUUUAAGGGUUUGUCGACUCUGAGCGUCAGUUGAUGAUAAGCCAGAAUGGAGACAGGAAAUUACUCCAGUCCUCACCUGCCUUAGUUCUUCUCUCCCAGAUGGGUUCAGUUGCCUUCCUAAUUCGAGUUAGUGGUUACAGAGCUAAGUUUAUAUCGUCCCCGCGA